AUGUGGAUUCUUGAGCAACUCGCGCGCCUUCUGGACCGGCCGCUCUUCCCAUGGAAGAACGUGCUCGUAGGAUUCUCUCUGGGCCAGUUCGUCCUUGAGGGUCUCUUGUCUCUUCGCCAGUAUAAAGUCCUGCAGCAGACAAAGCCUCCUAAGGUUCUCGCAGGAGAGGUUACUCAGAAGGUCUUUGAUCAAAGCCAGGCAUAUGGUCGCGCUAAGGCUAAGUUUGGCUUCGUUUCCGGUCUCUAUGGUCAAAUUCAGAAUCUUGCUUUCAUUUACGGCGAUGUCCUUCCCAAGCUUUGGGGCGUCGCGGGCCUCGUCCUGACGCGGUACUUCCCUGAUCGAUUCCAAGGCGAAAUCUCGCAGACACUCCUGUUCAUAUUCGGUUUCAACAUUCUCAGCACUAUUCUUUCGCUUCCGGUCUCUUACUACAACACGUUUGUCCUCGAAGAGAAGUUCGGGUUCAACAAGCAAACGGUCAAGCUCUGGGUGACAGAUAUGCUUAAGGGUCAGAUGCUGGGUAUAGUCCUGGGAACCCCGAUCAUCAGUGCUGUUCUGAAGAUCGUUCAAAAGACUGGUAACUCCUUCUUCUAUUACCUUUGGCUCUUUGGUGUCUUCGUCCAGGUGUUUGCCAUCACUAUUUACCCUAUUGUGAUUUUGCCCUUGUUCAACAAGCUGUCUCCCCUGGAGCCUGGUGAAAUCAAGACUGGCGUUGAGAAUCUUGCCCAGAAGCUUAAAUUCCCGCUCUCAGAACUGCACGUCAUUGAUGGCAGCAAACGCAGCGCUCACAGCAACGCUUACUUCUAUGGACUGCCCUGGAAGAAGCACAUUGUCAUCUACGAUACUCUCCUCGAGAAGAGCGAACCACAAGAGGUUGUUGCUGUCCUGAGCCACGAGCUUGGUCACUGGAGCCUGAGCCACACAACCAAGCUAUUUGGGAUUGCUCAGUUCCAUAUGUUUUAUAUCUUUGCUCUGUUCUCCGUUUUCGUCAACAACAAGUCCCUCUACCAGUCAUUUGGUUUCGUCAAGGAGCAGCCUAUCAUGAUCGGCUUCUUGCUGUUCUCGGACGCCCUGGCCCCCAUGGAUGCUGUUGUGAAGCUUCUGAUGAACAUCCUCAGCCGCAAGUUUGAGUUUGAGGCUGAUGCUUUCGCUCAAGGACUUGGAUUUUCGAAGGAGCUUGCCUCAUCGCUCCUGAAGCUACAGAUCCAGAACUUGAGCACCAUGGAUGCCGACUGGAUGUAUGCCAGCUAUCACUACUCCCACCCGAUUCUCACCGAGCGUCUUGGUGCCCUGGGCUGGAAGGGCGGCAAGGUUACCGAUUUCAAGAAUGAGGACAGUGAGAAGCCGGUCAAAGCCGCCGACCGCGAGCUUUGA